CAGGCUCACAGCCCAAGCACUCUGUGAGCCGCGCCGGGAGGAGGCAGCCGCCGCCGCCGCCGCUCGUGGUCGCGCAGUUCGUGCAGCCGCCGCCGGGCCCGCCGCCGCCGCGCCAUGGCUGAUCAGCUGACUGAAGAACAGAUUGCUGAAUUCAAGGAAGCCUUUUCCCUAUUUGACAAAGAUGGUGAUGGUACUAUCACAACAAAAGAACUGGGAACUGUCAUGAGGUCACUGGGUCAAAAUCCAACAGAAGCAGAAUUGCAGGAUAUGAUCAACGAGGUAGAUGCUGAUGGCAAUGGCACUAUCGACUUCCCUGAAUUUUUAACCAUGAUGGCCAGAAAAAUGAAGGACACAGACAGCGAGGAAGAAAUCCGUGAGGCAUUCCGAGUCUUUGACAAGGAUGGCAAUGGCUAUAUCAGUGCAGCAGAACUACGCCAUGUUAUGACAAACUUAGGAGAAAAGCUAACAGAUGAAGAAGUAGAUGAAAUGAUCAGAGAAGCAGACAUUGAUGGGGAUGGGCAAGUCAACUAUGAAGAAUUCGUACAGAUGAUGACUGCAAAGUGAAGAGACCUCCUUUACACCUUUUUUCCUCUAGAAGAAUCAAAUUGAAUCUUUUACUUACCUCUUGCAAAAAAAUGUUCAUUUAUUCAUUCUGUUUCUGUAUAGCAAAACUGAAUGUCAAAUUACCUUCUGUCCACAAACUGCAUGUAAUGGUUGGUGGUCCUGUCCCCAAAAGAUAAAGUUAAACAUCAGUUUUACAAUAUAAAUAAUUGUACUACCUUGAAAAUAAAAAAAAAAGGAAGCACUUAGUGAACUCGAAAGUUCCAUUUGCUAAUGACUAUUACACUGUUUGGGCUGGCCAGUUUUUCAUGCAUGCAGCUUGACAAUUGAGCACAGUCAGACAUGUGUAUUAAAAGGAAAAAAAAAAAACCUAAAGGAUCCACUCUUUUGUUCAACAGUGGAUUCUAGUUCAAUUUGUAGUAUAAAUUGUCAUAGCUGGUUUACUUUAAAAUUGGUUUAUACCUCAGGAUGGUAUGCAGCAAAAUGGUUGAAGGAUGUAAAACUUAAAGAAAAUGCCCUAAAGGUUGAGUGGUUCUCCUGUACGUAGCAGUGUGCUCCAAAAAUAGGAUGAUCUUAACUAUGGAUGGCAUGUCUGUUUUAAAAUACUGGUUGGUUUAACAUUGUCUGCAUUGCACUAUAGUGAAACGGGUGUCAGGCUGUUACCGUUCACAAAAUUUUUAAAAGAAACCUUCACCAAGGGAGCAUCUUUGGACUCUCAUAUUUUUAAAACCUUCUGUACCAUGACUUGGAGCUGGCGGAGUAGCCUGUGGACUUCAGCACAACUAUCAACAUUGCUGUUCAAGAUAUUACAAUUUAUGUCCAUUCCAAGUUGUAAAUGCUAGUCUUUUUUUUCCAAUAAAAGACCAUUAACUUAAAGGUGGUGUUAAAUGCUUUGUAAAGUUAAAAUAUAUAUAUAUAAUUGAGAUAAUAAACCAAAAAAAGCAGUAGGAGGGAAGUGUUUCUAUGAAUGACUUGCUGCUAAAUUAUAAUGCACAUGUAUGCAAUAAGUUAUCCCCUAUCUUUUCAAGAUGGCAAGAACUGACCUCCUGUAACCCAAGACCUUUGCUAUAAAUAAAUGAACUUGUGCUUGCCUUUCAUAUUACGACAAUGUUAAUUUAGUUGGUCUCAAAGUCGUGUAAUGCUGACUCGUCAACUAUCAGCACAGAAGUAACACCUCAUUUCACUACAGUGGAGAGCUCUGAGCAUGCAUGUCAAUACUGGGGAAACAUGUAUAGGUUGCUUAUGUUUUUUUGACAGGAUAUAAAAACUAGUUGGAGAAUUUGAACAGCAUGGACUUCAUAGAUAUCUGUGAUUCUCAAACAUGCCAAAAAUGCAUUUAUCUACCCGCAGAAAGAAAACAAAAGGACAUUUUACAAUAUGUAUUAAAAAAACCAAACUAAGCCUUUUUGGAAACUGGGGCUAUUAUGUCUUGACUUAUCUUCUCAAACACUUGCAUGAAUUUUGUGGGGUGGAGAAGAGGACUAGGGUUAAUUUAAAAAUGAUCUUGUUACUUCUGCUUUGCAUGCACUAGCAGUGCUUAGUCAUUCCAGUUCUCUGAAUAAGUGUUUUCUGAUCCUUCAGCUUUCCCAUGAAUGAGUGGCAAAGCAUCCGUGUGCACUCUUCUUUGUCUGAAAGAAGAAUGCUUAUCUUUCUUUUUUCUUAUUUUUUUUAAGCAGAGCCUCCAUGUGGAAGGCUUUUAUGCUUGGGAGGGAGGGACUGCAGCAUAAUUACCGACUAAGUUUUUGUUUCCAAAUGUAAUGGGUUGCAAACCAUAAUUGCUUGAUUGCAUUUGGUUUUGGAGAGUAUUGAUAUUGUCUCUAGGAAGAGAUGCAAGUCUCCAUUCAUCCUGUCUAACUGAGGUGCGUGUGUUAAGAACUUGGUUUGCUCAGUGGGGGUCAAGAGACACCUCCAGAAGGCAAUUGAGACUACCUGCCUUCAGUGAUUUUUUUUUUUUUUUUUUUUUUUUUUUUUCCCCCUCCCCUCUGGGGGGGUGGGGGGAGUUCGGGGUGACAAGGGACCCAGACACCUUAACCAAGUGCCUAAAAGUUAGAUGGGCUGAAUGUAGGCAAUUGCUUAGAUACCUAUUUGUUGCAAAGGCUUAUUGCUGUGGCUGUGAAUGCUGUCCUGGCAAACUGGCCUCAAUGAUAAGAAUGUCUGACUAACAUUUGAAAGUAGAGUCUUGCAUAGCAGCUGCAAACUGCUACUUCAGUAGUGCUUGAGAAUGGCUGCACUGAUUCUGUAGACCAGCUUUUAAAGAGAAUGUACUCAAGAGACAGGCAAGGUAGGAACAAUGGUUGCGGCUCUGAACUAAUUACUUCUGCCUGAGUGUGCAGAGAUCUUGUCUAGUAGGUAAAUGCUUCUUACCAUCUGUCAUUCACUCAUGGUUGGUAGGGUAGUUCACCUAAGAACAGCUGCUUUUAGCUUACUCAGUGUGCUCUGUGCUUGCUAGCAGAGACCUCAUCCUGCAAGAGGUUCUUGGCUUGAUUAGAAAUUGUCUGGCAGUGUGCAGUGUUGGUAUGCCCUGUAACUGAAUCUGCCUGGAGGUAUCUAAUUAUUAACUGACUUCAGUACCACAUCAACCUCGAGUAAAUGUAUCCUCUGUACAGGACUUAAGCUCUGUUCCCUUCUGCAUAGUGAAUAGAAAAAUGAAAUGGUGUCAUCAAGGUCUUCUUUUUUUUUUUUUUUUUUUUUUUUUUUUUUUUUUUUUUUUUUUUAAAUUUUUUUUUCCUGUGAGUGUGUGUGUGUGGCUUUGGCUUUUUCCAAAUGUGAAAGUGUGGGCUGGAUACACUUGGUGCAUGGCUUAGAAACAUGGGACUGGAAAGAACUUCCUGGGUCAUCAGAUCCAGUCCCCUGCUAUUGCAGGCAACCGUGUCAUAUAAUCCUUUUAAUAAACUGAUCAAGCUUAAACACCUGCUUGUAAGUGGCUUGUUUUCAUGGAAGUUCUGUAACUCAUGUUGCUCUCAACUGAUGCAAAUAAUAUAUGAAAUAUGAAGUUAAUCAAAAGGUCCUCCAGCUUAGCUUUAGAUUUAUCAUUACAUUUAUUUAACUGACUUUCUUGAACCUGUUAUUAUUUGCACAACACUCAGGAAAGUGUUGAGUCUUUACCCUCCUUGCUAUGAAUAAGAGUUGGUGUGCUUGCUUAUUUUUUUUAAUGAAAAAGAUGGAUGUCUGGCUUGUUGAAACCUGUUAGAUAUGUUAAUUGUCAAGGCAAGAAACAAUUGAGUUACUUGUAUUUGAUACAUAAAUUUAAGGCUAGAGUAUACGUAACCAUUUUUAAAACACAUCAACUUGCAGUGUAGUUUUAUAUUUAAUACUGAACUUGUACUGCUAAAGUUUAAACUGCUGUUAAUCAUAUUCCUCUUCUGAUCAUAAUGAAAAAAUAAAGGGUAAGAAAAUGCUUAACAUA